UUAUCUGUUUUGGGCCGACAAUGAGAAACCAGAAUGCAAAUUUUGUGUAGAAAGAUAUCAUUAUAGUAUAUAAAGAGUAGACAAAUUAGUUUAGAUCACAGUUCUCCGACGAUCUUGCACAAUGAAAUUCUUCAUCGUCCUCGCCUUGGCCACGGUGUGCGCCGCUGACCGCAACUCUGACAGCGCGGCUCAGAUCGUGCGGUCUGACUCCGAAGUCAACCCUGAGAGCUUCUCCUAUUCCUAUGAGACCAGCAACGGCAUCUACGGCAGCGCCAAUGGCAUCGUGAAGAAUCCUAACUCUGAAAAUGCUGCCUUGGAAAUUAACGGCGACUACAGCUAUACUGGCGAUGAUGGCAAAAACUACCGCAUCACCUAUAUUGCUGAUGAAAAUGGCUACCAACCUCAGGGAGACCAUUUGCCCACCCCGCCACCAGUACCUGAGCAAAUCGCCCGUGCCCUCGCGUACCUGGCCGCACACCCUCAGCCCGAAGACAAGUUCCAGCAGCAGCCUUCCCCCGCGCGCUUCCCUGCCCCCGCUCCCCCUGCGCGCUUCCCUGCCCCCGCUCCCCCUGCGCGCUUCCCCGCCCCAUCUCCUCCUCGAUUCCCCGCCCCUUCCCCAUCUCGCUUCCCCGCUCAACCCGCGUUCGGUGGCCCCUCCCGCAAAUUCCCAAGCCCCAGCCCAUUCAGGUUCUAGAGCAACCUUUCUGACAACGAUCACUGCCAUUAGUCAAUAAAAUUAGUCCAUA